UUCAUCAAAAACCUCUUUCCCCUUCACACAUAUUUUCUUCCUUAUCUCCAAAAUCUUAUUAUUUUGUUAUCUGUUUGCUCUAUAUAUUUAGAGAUCUCCUCUGUUUCUUUUCGAUAACAUAUUCAAAAAUAGUACUAUUCCUCCUCUGUUUCUCUGUUAUAUCAUUAAAAACUGAGAAUUUGAUGAUCGGAAACUGAUGACUCCCGUUCUCUGCGAAAUCUUGCUCUCGGGGCUCACGGUUAAAUCUGCUCUCUGCCGUAGAACCCAUCUCGUUCAAUCUUUCUCCGUCGUCUUCCUUUACUGGUUUUACAACGUUUCAUGAAUUGCUGAAAACUCCCCAAAAUAAUCUUUAAAUUAAUUAUUACAUCAUAUAUUCACUAUUUUCAGACAAAUCUAAAACCAACCAAACAAAAAAAAUCUGUCCCUUUUUCUUGUUCUUUGUAAUUUUAUUGUAAUAAAAUGGCGUCAUCAAGCAGCACAUACCGGAGCUCGAGCUCUUCCGACGGCGGGAAUCCCUCUGACUCCGCCGUCACCGUCGACGAGCGGAAACGUAAGCGAAUGUUAUCGAACCGAGAAUCUGCUCGUAGAUCAAGGAUGCGCAAACAGAAACACGUCGACGAUUUAACGGCUCAGAUCAAUCAGCUUUCAAGCGACAACCGUCAGAUCUUGACGAGCCUCACCGCCACCUCUGAGCUCUACAUGAAGAUCCAAGCCGAGAACUCCGUCUUGACCGCUCAGAUGGCGGAGCUAAGCACCAGACUCGAGUCGUUGAACGAGAUCGUCGAUCUCGUCACCACGACCAACGGUGGUGUCGAUCAGAUCGACGGCUGUGGGUUCGAUGAUCGAACGGCUGGGAUUAAUUGCGACGGAUAUUACGAUGAUAUGAUGAUGAGUGGCGUUAAUCAUUGGGGUGGUUCGGUUUACUCUAACCAACCAAUCAUGGCUAAUGAUAUCAAUAUGUUUUGAAUUAAAAUUAAUUAUAAAAACUAGUAUUAUUGCCCCUUUUUAUUUUAAUUUAGCUUUUUUGUGAUUUUGGGUUGGUGUGGAGAUGUAACUAAAGUACAUGCAUCUUUGAUUGUUUGGAAGGAUAAAUAAACUUAUAUAUGUUGGGGGCAUAUAUAUAGGCUGUCCUUUUGUAAUGUAUUGGUGUGUGCUUUUGGUUUAUUUUAUAAAUUAUGAAUUUGAAUGUUA